AUGAAGGCAUCGGAGAUUGUGUGCCCUGAAAAGCGCCAGGCCUUUGCAAAUAUCAGCCUGACAAGAAACACAGUUGCCGACAGGAUUUCUGAUCUUUCAGCGGAUUUGGACAGCCAGUUGAAGCAAAAAGUAAAGUCAUUUAUUGCGUUUUCAGUUGCAAUUGAUGAACGCACGGACAUUACAGAUGUUGCACAACUGGCAAUUUUCAUCCGCGGAGUUGAUGACACAUUGACCGUCACCGAGGAGUUUGUGGAGUUGGUGCCGAUGACAGAUACAACGACCGCAGCUGAUAUUUUCACCGCACUCGUCGGCGCGCUGGACAGGGUCAGAGUGGACUGGUCCCGCGCUGUCAGCCUGGCUACAGAUGGUGCGCCCUCAAUGAUCGGGAAGAAAGCAGGCGUUGCUUUGUGUUGCAAGUCACUGAAAAUGGAUAACGUCAUGAAGGUGGGCAUCCAAACUGUUAAUUUCAUCCGAUCCAGAAGCCUCAAUCACCGUCAGUUUGACAGCCUUCUCAGAGAGAAAGACCACAUCUAUGGCCUGCCAUACCACACUGAGAGGGCACUCUGCAACUUCCAUGAUGGCAACAUGUUUAGAGCACCACAAAUGCAAUCAUCUGAUAUGAAUGGAAUGAGAGCUGUGUCUCUGAGCUGUGAGGAGGACGACAGCUCUGCUGGAUGGACUCUGAGGAGAAACACAACCAAACAGCAGAGGACUCAGUGUGGAGAUGGGUGGGGGAAAGCAGCUGGAGCAUCAUGUAACAUCAGUUACAUUCAGCCCUGGCACAGUGGAGUUUACUGGUGUGAGUCCAGAGAGGGUCCCAUCAGUAACAUGGUUAACCUGACAGUCACUGGUGGAUCAGUGAUCCUGCAGAGUCCUGUCCUCCCUGUGAUGGAGGGAGAUGACGUCACUCUGCUCUGUAAAACAAAGACCACUCCCUCCAACCUCCCAGCUGCUUUCUAUAAAGAUGGCUCCCUCAUCAGGAAGCAGCCUACAGGUCACAUGACCAUCCAGCAUGUUUCCAGGUCUGAUGAAGGCCUCUACAAGUGUGACAUCAGCGGUCAUGGAGAGUCUCCAUCCAGCUGGAUCACUGUCACAGACAAACACACCACCACACCUCCACCUACAUCCACCUCUGCUCCUGGUUCCACCUCCAUCACUCUUCCUCCAUCACUCUCUCCUGCUGUUCUCUCUGUGUUGUCGUGUGUUGGAUCAGUCUGUGUUGUGGUUCUACUGGUGUUACUGGUUCUACUGGUGAGACGAUGUGUUCACAGGAAACCUGAAGAUCAAGAAGAAACUGGAGAAGAUGACAUCAUCACUCAUGUCAUGUACAGUUUCAUCAAAUCAUCAACAACAGCCAGUCAGACAAAGCAGAGGAGGUGAAGCCAAAGAGCAAAAGGAUCUCAAUCCCCUGCUUAUGAUCCCCUAGAGCAACUCCAGUCCUCGAGAGCUGCUGUCCUUCAUUUUUUCCAUGUUUUGAAUGAUUGUGUUGCUUGUUACCAGGCCUCUGGAAAACUUGAUGGCAUGCUAAAAAAGGGUGAUUCAACCAUUUGAAUCAGCUGUGUAAGAGUAGUGAUGCAUCUAAAAGCUACAGGACAGUAUUUCUUGAGGAGUGGAAUCAGAGAAACCUGCUCUAGGGAAAACAAAGUGUCAGGUUACGUCAAAUCUUGGUUUGGUGUGGAUUUAUCUGGAUAUGUAAUUUUUCGCUUGAUUUUGGUAGCACUGGUGUCUGGUCAUUCCAGAAGCAAAAUCGUCUACUUUCACAGAGGCUGGUCAUAAAUGACUGCCAUAACAGUAAAAACAUCCAUUUGGUGGAUUAAUUAUAUUUUAUUUUCAGGGCUUUUUGUUUGAACCUGAAGUCAAAACCAUCUAAACCGACACGAUGUAAAGAGAUCAAGUAUGAAAAUAUUUUGAAAAGGAGAUGAAAUCAAAGACAUGAAUUCUGAAUAUAAAUUAGUAAAAGCAAGUGUCCACACCUAUGCUCUCAAACAGCCAAUCAACAGCUGAAAGAUGAAACAUGUGACUUUGGCUCAUGUUAGUUGUAGCUCAUUUGUUACUAUGUAAAAAGGCACGACAUGAUGGCUGCUAACAUGUUUGAUUUAUUUUUAAAUGGACAUUUAUGCAGCGUAGCACUGAGGGUACAUUUAAAUGCAAAGUUUAAUUAUACGUUUGUUUCCUUUGAGUAUAAUUUGAUAAGUCAGAUGUAACCGUAUGUGUUUAACUCUGUGCUUACUGAGUGUUGUUCACUGUGAGCUGGACUGUGUGUUUGUGGUCUGUGGAUAACUGAAGCUAACGGCUCUGCAGUCAUCCAGCAUCCUGUUUCUGUUUCUGUUUUUAACAUUUGUGUCUCCAACAUUUGAAGUUCUAUCUCAGUAACAGUUCAUAGUUUCUGUGCCUUCCAAAGAUGUUGAACAUGUACAUUGAUGUUGAUGAAUCUAGUGUAACUGCAGUCUGAAGUUGAUGAGACGUCUCACUGUAUGUGUGCUCUGGUUGGUCUAAUAAUAGUGUUCAUGCUGUGAGAACAUGUUUGCUUUCUGCUCUGUAGUAAAGUGUCGAAAAGAUGAAGGCAGCUUUGUGGUCGUCUGACUUCUUUAUCACAGAAACACCUCCAAGUUCUUUGUUUGACUGUUCCUGUUUGGUUAAUGCUGACAGACUCUUGAGUGCACAAUAUAAUAAACA